GAGAGAGUAGCGAAAAGAAAGAAAAAGAAGCAAAAAUUCAACCAGAUCCAAUAAUACCUUGACGUCCGCAGUAACAGUAGGCUCUCUCUCCCUACUUUCUCUCUCUAAAAAAACAGGAGAAACAAAACAACAACUGGGUAAUCUUCUUCCUUGAACCAGAACAGGAAGAAGAAGAAGUAGCAGAAGCAGAAACCCUAGAGAGAAAGUAACAAGCUUCUCAACUCAAUUCAACUCAAUUCAAAUUCACAGCUUCCAUUCAAUUCAAUUCAAUUUCCAUCACAUUCUUUUCUCUUCAAUUUCAACUUCUCGCUCAGUCCAACUCGUCCCAGUCAUGGAUCGUCCAAUUCGCUCCACGUAAGGUGAGUGAUUGUUUUGAACGAAUGGUGCCACCGGGGCCACCCACUCCGAUUGGUGGUGCCCAGUCUUCCUUCCCGCAGAUGGUUUCGCAGAGAACUCAGUUCAACAACAUGAACAACAUGCUAGGCAACAUGUCCAAUGUUACUUCCAUGUUGAACCAGUCUUUCCCGAAUGGAAUUCCGAAUUCCGGGCUCUCUGGUCCGGGAAGUAGCCAGCGUGGUGGUAUUGAUAAUAGGGCUGAGCAGGAUCCGUUGUCCAGUGUUGGCAACGGGAUGAGCUUUGGCAACCCUUCGUCGCCGUUUGUGCAGUCCAAUAUGGUGAGCCCUGGUUCAUCUGGUCAAGGUCAGGGUCAGGGUCAGGGUCAGGGUCAGCAAUUUUCAAAUGCUUCUGGUAAUCAGCUGUUGGCGGAACAACAACAUGCCCAACAACUUGAAGCUCGAAAUUUCCAACAUAGUCAGCAGCAGUCAAUGCAAGAUUUUUCCACUCUGAACGCGCAGCAGCAACAACAGCAGCAGCAUUUUCAAUCAGUUCGAGGAGGGAUGGGUGGUAUUGGACCGGUGAAGUUGGAGCCCCAGGUAAACAAUGAUAAGUUUGGGCAGCAGCAGCAGUUGCCAUCAUUUAGAAAUCUUGCUUCAGUUAAAUUGGAACCGCAACAACUUCAGGCAAUGAGAGGGCUGGCUCCUGUUAAAAUGGAACCCCAGCAUUCUGAUCAGCAAUUUUUGCAUCAACAACAGCAGCAGCAGCAACUUCUCCAGAUGUCAAGGCAAUCCUCUCAGGCAGCUGCUGCACAGAUGAAUCUUUUGCAGCAACAGAGACUUUUGCAAAUUCAACAACACCAGCAACAACUUUUAAAGGCAAUGCCUCAACAACGGUCGCAGUUACAACAGCAGCUUCAACAGCAGAAUAUGCCGAUAAUGUCUCCUGCGAAACCAACAUAUGAACCUGGGAUGUGUGCUAGGCGACUGACGCAUUACAUGUAUCAGCAACAACAUAGACCUGAAGAUAACAACAUCGAUUUCUGGAGGAAAUUUGUUACUGAGUAUUUUGCUCCCAAUGCCAGAAAGAAGUGGUGUGUUUCUAUGUAUGGAAGUGGAAGACAAACAACUGGAGUUUUCCCUCAGGAUGUAUGGCACUGUGAGAUAUGUAAUCGCAAACCUGGACGUGGGUUUGAAGCAACUGCUGAGGUUCUUCCCAGGCUUUUCAAAAUAAAGUAUGAAAGUGGUACUUUAGAAGAGCUACUUUAUGUUGACAUGCCUCGUGAAUAUCAUAAUUCCUCCGGCCAGAUUGUCCUAGAUUAUGCAAAAGCAAUACAAGAAAGUGUUUUUGAGCAACUUCGUGUUGUUCGUGAUGGUCAACUUCGAAUAGUUUUCUCUCCAGACCUGAAGAUAUGCUCUUGGGAAUUUUGUGCAAGGCGCCAUGAAGAGCUCAUCCCUAGAAAAUUAUUAAUACCUCAGGUUAGUCAGCUUGGAGCAGUUGCUCAAAAGUACCAGGCAUUAACUCAAAAUGAAACCUCCAAUUUAUCCGUUCCAGACUUACAAAAUAAUUGCAACAUGUUUGUUGGAUCAGCCCGUCAAUUGGCAAAAGCUUUAGAAGUUCCAUUGGUUAAUGAUUUAGGAUAUACGAAGAGAUACGUACGGUGCCUACAGAUAUCAGAAGUGGUAAAUAGCAUGAAAGACCUAAUAGAUUAUAGUAGAGAAACAGAGACUGGACCUAUGGACAGCUUGGCUAAAUUCCCUCGGAGAACUAGUGGUUCAUCUCGACUACAUAGUCAGGCACAACAGUCUGAAGAUCAAAUGCAGCAGCAAUCACAGCCCCAGCAGCAGCAACAGCAUAUGGUGGCCCAUACCUCAAAUGGUGAUCAAAACACUAUGCAGACUGCUUCCCUGCAAAUGACUUCUAACAAUGGUGUUGCUUGUGUAAAUAACACUGUCAAUUCAGCAUCUUCAUCAACUGCCACGAGCACCAUUGUUGGACUUCUCCACCAGAACUCUAUGAACUCUAGACAGCAAAACUCUAUGAAUGUGACCAGCCCGUAUGGAGUUAGUUCUGUUCAGAUCACAUCUCCAGGUUCCUCUAGUACGAUGCCACAAGCACAACCAAACCCAUCCCUUCAAUCUUCAACACCGUCCGCAUCUAACAACAACCCUCAAACAUCUCACCCCGCCUUAACACCCGCAAAUCACAUUGGUACAGCAAACUCACCAGCUAACAUUUCCUUGCAACAACAGCAGACAUCUCUUUCAGGGGAAGCUGACCCUGGCGAUGCUCAGAGCUCAGUCCAAAAGAUCAUUCAUGAGAUGAUGAUGUCCUCCCAGAUGAAUGUCACAGCAGGAAUGGCAGGUAGGGGCUCUCUUGGAAAUGACAUGAAGAAUGUAAAUGGGAUUCUACCAGCGAGUAAUGGCAUGGUUGCUAAUGGGGCUAUGAACAGUAAUUCUGGUGUUGGUGUUGGAGUUGGUGGUUAUGGCACAAUGGGUCUUGGUCCAUCUGGUAUGGCCAAUGGAGUGAGACAAGCAAUGGGCAAUAAUUCAGUUAUGAAUGGAAGGAUAGGAAUGGCAUCUAUUGCCAGGGACCAAGCUAUAAAUCAUCAUCAGGAUUUGUCAAGCCAACUACUUAGUGGGCUAGGAGCAGUUAAUGGUUUUAGUAAUCUUCAAUUUGAUUGGAAACCAUCUCCAUGAGAGCCUUUGUAAUCUUAUGGAUGUUGCGGUUCUUUUGCAGCUGCUUGUGCAGCAUGAGAAAUGCAAGAAUUGCCUUCGGGUCCAUGAUGGUGGCCGUACAAAUGUGGGUAGUGAUAGGUCGAUCUACUAAUCUGUUAUUUUAUAUAUAAAAGAAAUGAAAAUUUGUUGGCUGGUUGUUUGUCAGAUGAGGCUGAUUUUUCUACAUUCAAUUGUAACUUUAAUUUUGUAUUUCUUAAAUAUCAUUUUUACGAUCA